AAAGAGUUAAUCUUUGAUAAAAAUACUGGGGAGACGAUUGUUUUGAAUAGGAAAAACUCCCAAUUAGUUUUUAUUUGCAAUAAUUAUGUUGGUGAAAGAUGCUAAAGUAAUAUGGAAUACGCUCAGAGGUAUCGUUUGUGUGUAUAAGCCGGCCGAUGUGGGAUGUAGGCAGGUCAGAAAUACAAUCAUAUACAAAAUUUGUUCAGAGCUCAACGAAAUGCAUUGUAGACCUCCAAUUAAACGAGUGGAAAUAGAAGUGAGCAAUGCAGAAGAAUACUCGGUCAAAGUAGUUCCUAACUUGGCAGAUCAUGUCAAUGUUGUAGGACCCAGAUAUCAGCAGGAAGAUUUGGUUUGUUCGUGGGCAAAUUACUUAGGAAGAAACACAAGUGGAGUUCUUCUUUUUGGUUUGAGAGAUGCAACUAAAACUGCUAAGUUCAUAAGGGAGAAUAAACCCACCAGGGCUUAUAGAGUGAAAGGCCGAUUAGGGCUGUCAACAGACACAGCCUUCAAAGUGGGUAGACCAGUUGAAAGAACAACUUGGAAGCAUGUUAAAUAUGUUCAUUUGGAAACUCUUUUAUCCUCCAUGCAAGCAGCACAUCAGAGGAAAAUGUUUGAGUUAUGUGGUGUUGAUAUGCAAUCCCAACUAGCUUAUGAGCUGGCUGUGAAAGGUCCAAUAAGGCCCGUGGAUUCUAAGAUUCCUGUACUUUAUGGGAUUAAAUGUGUUGACUUCAAUCCACCUGAUUUCACACUAGAAAUUCAUUGCAUAAAUGAAUAUGAAACAUACUUGAUGCACUUGAUUCACGAGGUAGGAAUGAAACUACAUUCAAGCGCACAUUGCACAGGGAUUCAGUGCAUAAGACACGGCUGUUUCACUUUGGACGACGCCCUAUUGAGAAAACAUUGGACUCUUCAAGAAAUAGUUUCCAAUGUUGAACAUUGCAACCGACUUCUUGAAGAGAAUAAAUUUAUCGUUAAACAGGAGAAUGCAGCCCUUCAACAAAUCCAAUGAUGGGUUCUGUAAAGUUACCACUUGGUUACGAACUGACUGAAAUAAUUGAAUGUCACUACUUUCAUCAGGGAACAUGUGUAAAAUUCGCAGAGGUGUGGCAGAAGAGGAGAAACAUCCAGAAUAUUCUAUAUUCAGAUCCUAAAUGUUAGAAGGACAUUUGAGAUAAUAAUUGAUUUAUGUUUAUAUUGAAAUAAAUGUCGAAUAAAUCGUUUUAAAAUCCUCA